CGCUGGUGCCGGCGACGCCGCGCUGAGCCCGGAAGAGGCGCGGGCCGGGCGAGGAGUCUGACGGCGCCGCUGCCGCGUCUCGGUCCCCAUGGCGCUUUGGCGCGGCUCUGCGUACGCGGGCUUCCUGGCGCUGGCCGUGGGCUGCCUCUUCCUGCUGGAGCCGGAGCUGCCGGGCUCGACGCUACGCUCACUCUGGAGCUCGCUGAAGCUGGGGCCCGCGCCCCAGGGACCCGUCUCCCCCGAGGGCCGCUUGGCGGCUGCCUGGGACGCGCUUAUCGUGCAGCCGGUCCAGCGCUGGCGCCGCGUGGCAGUGGGAGUCAAUGCAUGUGUCGAUGUGGUGCUUUCAGGGGUGAAGCUCUUGCAGGCACUUGGCCUGAGUCCUGGGAAUGGGAAAGAUCACAGCGUUCUGCAUUCAAGGAACGAUCUGGAAGAAACCUUCAUUCACUUCAUGGGGAAGGGAGCAGCUGCUGAGCGCUUCUUCAGUGAUAAGGAAACUUUUCAUGACAUUGCCCAGGUUGCAUCAGAAUUCCCAGGAGCCCAGCACUAUGUAGGAGGAAAUGCAGCUUUAAUUGGACAGAAAUUUGCAGCCAACUCAGAUUUAAAGGUUCUUCUUUGUGGUCCAGUGGGUCCAAAGCUGCAUGAACUUCUCGAUGACGAUGUAUUUGUUCCACCAGAGUCACUGCAGGAAGUGGAUGAGUUCCACCUCAUUCUAGAGUAUCAAGCAGGGGAGGAGUGGGGCCAGUUAAAAGCUCCCCAUGCCAACCGAUUCAUCUUCUCUCACGACCUCUCCAACGGGGCCAUGAAUAUGCUGGAGGUGUUUGUGUCUAGCCUGGAGGAGUUUCAGCCAGACCUGGUGGUCCUCUCUGGAUUGCACAUGAUGGAGGGACAAAGCAAGGAGCUCCAGAGGAAGAGACUCUUGGAGGUUGUAACCUCCAUUUCUGACAUCCCCACUGGUAUUCCAGUUCACCUAGAGCUGGCCAGCAUGACCAAUAGGGAGCUCAUGAGCAGCAUUGUGCAUCAGCAGGUCUUUCCCGCAGUGACCUCCCUUGGGCUGAACGAACAGGAGCUGUUAUUUCUUACCCAGUCGGCAUCUGGACCUCACUCUUCUGUCUCUUCGUGGAAUGGCGUUCCUGACGUGGGCAUGGUCAGCGACAUCCUCUUCUGGAUCUUGAAAGAACACGGGAGGAGUAAAGGCAGAGCCUCGGACCUCACCAGGAUCCAUUUCCACACGCUGGUCUACCACAUCCUGGUAACUGUGGAUGGACACUGGGCCAACCAGCUGGCAGCCGUGGCUGCAGGUGCUCGCGUGGCUGGGACACAGGCCUGCGCGACAGACACCAUAGACGCCAGCCGAGUAUCUCUGAGGGCACCCCAAGAGUUCAUGACUUCCCAUUCGGAGGCAGGCUCCAGGAUCGUGUUAAACCCCAACGAGCCAGUAGUAGAAUGGCACAGGGAGGGAAUAUCCUUCCACUUCACGCCAGUGCUGGUGUGUAAAGACCCAAUUCGAACUGUUGCCCUUGGAGAUGCCAUUUCAGCUGAAGGACUCUUCUAUUCAGAAGUACACACACACCCUCACUAUUAGGAAGGUCGUGGUGGAUAAUUUUUCUAAGGAAGGAGAAGUAGCCAACUUAAGAAUUACAAAAAGAAAGUGGUUUGGAAAAUAG